AUGGACGACGGACUAACAGAUGAAGAAGUUUUGAAACGUCAGAGUGUUUACGGACUGAAUGCUCUUGCCGAAGAACCUCCAACUCCCCUUUGGAAACUCAUCUUGGAGCAAUUUGAAGACUAUUUGGUUCAAAUUUUGUUGGUUUCUGCUGUACUUUCGUUUGUUCUUGCUUUUUUCGAAAAUGGGGGUGAGAGCAGCGUUACGGCCUUUGUAGAGCCCUUUGUAAUAUUGCUGAUAUUGAUUUUAAAUGCUAUCGUGGGCGUGUGGCAAGAAAACAAUGCUGAGUCUGCCCUCAACGCGCUAAAGAAAAUGCAGUCCGAGAAAGCCCGUUGUAUUCGCAACGGAGUAGUAAAUCCCAACCUUCCUGCCGAGCAACUCGUUCCUGGAGACAUUAUUCGCCUUAAUGUCGGAGACAAAGUCCCUGCCGACUGCCGAAUUCUGUCUCUAAAGACAGCGACGCUUCGUGUGGAGGAAAGUGCACUGACAGGCGAAAGCCGCACUGUUCUCAAAAACCCCGAUGUCUGCACAACGGUUGACGCGGGUCUGUCGGAGAAGGUGAACAUGCUCUUCGCAGGCACCACGAUCGCGAACGGGCUGUGCAAAGCGCUGGUAGUGCGGACCGGCAUGAACACGGAGAUCGGAAAGAUCCAGCGCGCCGUCAUGGACGCGCGGGAAGACGAAGAAAAGACCCCGCUCGGGCAGAAGAUCGACGAAUUCGGCGAGCUUCUGGGCAAAGUGAUCAUGUGGAUCUGCGUCAUCGUCUGGAUCAUGAACUUCCAUCAGUUCUCGGAUCCCGAAUUCGGCGGUUUUUUCCGCGGCUGCAUCUACUACCUCAAAGUGGCCGUGGCGCUGGGCGUUGCCGCCAUUCCGGAAGGCCUCCCCGCGGUGAUCACGCUGUGCCUGUCGCUGGGAACGCGGUCGAUGGCGCGUCGGAACUGCAUCGUGCGGAAGCUGCCGUCGGUGGAGACGCUGGGCUGCACGACGGUGAUCUGCUCGGACAAAACGGGGACGCUGACGACGAACGAAAUGACCGUGGUGACGGUUUCGACGUUCCACGCGACGGGAGAGGCGUGCGAGCGAUCGGUGAGCGGGAUUUCGUACAACCCGGAGGGCAAAGUGGAGGGCGUGGACCGGUUGGAGGCGUCGCAGCGCGCGCUGUGCGACGUGGCGAAGGUCUGCGCGUUCUGCAAUGAGACGACGGUGACGUGGAACGACGCGACGCAGAAAUACGAAGCGGUGGGCGAGCCGACGGAGGCGGCGCUGCGGAUUUUGGUGGAGAAGCUGGGCUUUCCGGAGGAGUUGCUGGGCAGCGAUCACUGCGUGGACUCGCCGGUCACGCAGCGCUGCAACGAUCUCUGGGCGACGCUCUAUUCGGUGAACGGCUGUCUGGAGUUCUCGCGGACGCGCAAGUCGAUGUCGGUGCUGGUCUCCAAGCGACCGGUGGCGAACGAGCUGCUCGUCAAGGGCGCGCCGGAACUGCUGCUGCAGCGCUGCCGAUGGCUCUGCACCGAGGAAGGGAACGUGGUGCCGCUGACGGAAUCGAUGCGGCAGCGCUGUCUGGAGCAUCUCGAGCAGAUGUCUCGACGCAGUCUGCGCUGCUUGGCGCUCGCAGGGAAGCACGAAGAAGGUCCGCUGCGCAGCUACGACGGUCCGCAGCAUCCCGCUCACGCGAUGCUCGCCGAUGUGGAAGCGUACGAAGCCAUCGAGCAGGAUCUCUGUCUCUUCGGCAUGGUCGGCAUCAAGGAUCCUGCACGCGUCGAAGUCCGCGACAGCAUCGCGCUGUGCAAGAAGGCCGGCAUCCGCGUCUUCAUGAUUACCGGAGACAACAAACUCACGGCGGAAUCCAUCGCGCGCGAUGUGGGCAUUCUGCAGCCCGGAGAAGAAGCGGAGGCUUCGUUCGAAGCGCGUGAGUUCAUGAAACUCCCUCGUGAGCGGCAGCUUCGGAUUUUGGCGGGUCAUGGGGGUCGCGUGUUCGCGCGUUCGGAGCCGGUGCACAAGAAGGAACUGAUCAGUCUGCUUCGUCAGAUGGGGGAGAUCACGGCGAUGACGGGGGACGGCGUGAACGACGCGCCGGCGCUGCAGCAAGCGGACAUCGGCGUGGCGAUGGGGGUGAGCGGUACGGAGGUGGCGAAGGAGGCUUCGGACAUGGUGCUGGUGGACGACAACUUCCGGACGAUCGUGGCGGCGAUCGAGGAGGGCCGGUCCAUCUACCAGAACAUGAAGGCGUUCAUCCGCUAUCUGAUCAGCUCCAACAUCGGCGAGGUCGCCUCGAUCUUCUUCACGGCCAUGCUGGGCAUUCCCGAGGGACUCUCCCCCGUCCAGCUGCUCUGGGUCAACCUCGUCACCGACGGGCCCCCGGCCACCGCGCUGGGCUUCAACCCGCCCGAGCCCGACAUCAUGGCGCGUCCGCCGCGCGCCCGCGACGAAGGCCUCAUCACGCCCUUCGUGUUCUUCCGCUACGUGGUGAUCGGGCUCUACGUGGGCGUCGCCACGGUGGGCAUCUUCGUCUAUUGGUACGUGCUCGACCGCGCCCCCGACGCCCAUCCCCUCGUCUCCCUCGCCCAGCUCAUGGGCCACGGGAAAUGCCGCGCGUGGACCGAGUUCUCCCUGGACGGAUGGGGCGGCUUCGCCCAGCCCUGCGAUUACUUCGAGAAGGGAAAGGUCGUCGCCUCCACGCUCUCGCUCACCGUUCUGGUCACCAUCGAGAUGUUCAACGCGCUCAACGCGCUCUCCGAGGACUGCUCCCUCCUCGUCGUCCCGCCUCAUCGCAAUCUCUAUCUCGUGGCCGCCAUCCUCGCUUCGUUCGUCGCCCAUUUCGCCAUUCUCUACAUCCCGCCCUUGGCCAAAGUGUUCUCCGUCGCGCCGCUCACGCUCCACGACUGGAAGCUGGUGCUGGCGUUCUCCUUCCCGGUGAUUCUCAUCGAUGAGGUGCUGAAGGCUGUGUCGAGAGCGAUUACGCGGUAUAAGGAGGAGAAAUUGUUGCAAAAGGAGAAGGAGGAAUAA